GUGUGUAGAUGAAUAAGUUGUUGAUACUGUGUUGUAAUCCACAGGCUAUGGAGCAAGUAAUGGACAAGGAGCAAAGCCAAACGGUUACUACCCGGCUGCUCGCAAUGGAAUGGGCCAGUACGGAGGAGCUGCUGGAAAACCUUUCAAAGGAUACGGACCUCCAUUCGGAAUGGGUAUCGGUAGAGGCAUGGGUGCACCCCAACUGGCUGCACAGCCAAGAGGAGGUUAUGGUAAUGGUUAUGGCUAUGGUGCUCAACCAUAUGGAGGAUACAGAAAUGGCAAUGGAGGAUACCCCAGACCUGGAGCUGGUUAUGGUAAUGGAUAUGGUGCCAAACCAGCCAAACCAGGCUAUGGAGCAGCAGCAGCAGGAGCAGGUCAGGCAGGACCUGGCACCCCCAAUGGCCAUGGAGCAAAGCCCAAUGGCUAUGGAGCCAGAGCAGGUCCUACGGCAACCAAUGGACAAGGAGCGAGGCCUAAUGGUCAUGGUGGUCUUCCAGCUGGUGCUGUGAAUGGACAAGGAUACGCUAAUGCCAAAGGUCCCAAGCCAGGUUACGGUGCUGCUCCUGCUGGUGCUGUGAAUGGACAAGGAGCCAGACCCAACGGUCAAGGUGGAUACCCCAGCAGACCAGCAGCUAAGGCCCCCAAACCAGGCUAUGGACUGCCAAAUGGAUAUGGAGCUAGACCCAAUGGCUAUGGGGCAUACCCACAAGGAGGAGGAGUCAAAGCACCGAAGCCAGGCUAUGGACCUGGAGCUGGACAGGCCCCCAAAGCUGGCGGAUAUCCCAAUGGAGGAAAUGGAGCACCUAGGGCCCCCCUAACGGACGUCAGUGGAGUCCCAGCAGCAGGAUAUGGGGCAGGAGCUGGAGCUGGAGCUGGAUACCCAAAUGGAGGGAGAGGUAAAGCUCCUAAACCAGGCUAUGGCGCGGUAGCUGGUGCAGGUGCUGGAGGCUACCCCACAGGAGGAAUGGGCAAUGGAUAUGGACCAGCCCCUGGAUACGGUGGAAAACCACAGCCAGCCGGUGGUUAUGGGGAUGGUCAGGGAGUGUACCCAGGCGCUGGCUACGGCAAUGGCUAUGCUCCAGCUGGAUUGGGAGAUGCCACUAAAGGAAGGCCAGGCUAUGGGAACGGAUAUGCCCCUUCUCUGCCCAUGGAGCAUGGCCCUGCACCAGAUGCUGAAUACCUCGGAGGACAAGGGAAGUCUGCCGGAGCAGGAGCCAUUGCAGGACCUCAGACUGGGCCAGGAGUGGACACAGGAGCAGGGGCCAAAUACGGAGCAGGAAAGCUGCCUUACAACGGAGCACCCAUCAUUCCAGCCGCACUUGACGGAAGUAACCCAAUGGAGCCUCAGACAGCUGGCCUGGGGCCUCAGGACGGGAAGUCAGGAGGACCUUAUGGUGGACUUCCCUACGAUGGCCAGCCAAUGGGAUACGGCGAGGGCAAGUCACCACUGAAAUACGGUGCUAAGAUGCCCUAUGGAGCACAGCCCUAUGAUGCCAAAUCUGCAGCCAAAUACGGACUUGGUGGCUUGCCUUAUGGUGGACAGCCUAUCGGUCUGGGAGGGGAUGAGAAGUCAGCGGCUAAAUAUGGUCUGGGAGGUCUUCCUUAUGGUGGUCAGCCCCUGGAUGGCAAGUCAGCAGGGAAAUAUGGUGGGAUGCCGUACGAGUCUCAGGGACCACAGGGCCAACCUGAGGGACCAUAUGGUGGGCCUUACUCCCCAGAAACCAUCUCUCUAGGGGGAGACAAAUCUGGAAAAUAUGGUAACCCAGCGUUGCCGUACGAGACCCUCCCAAUGGGCCCCAUCACUGACGGACAGACUGUAGAUCCCCAAGCUCCCUAUGAGGUCCUCCCUCCUGUGCCUCAAAUUGAUGGAGUCAAAUCCAUCGAUCAGUUUGGAGAGGGGGGCAUUCUACCACAGCCUGAGGGUCAAGUGGUCCUGGCACAGGUUGCAGAGCCAGACGCAGGGAACAAUGGUUAUGUAAAAGGAGCUGUCAAACCUGAAGGGGGGAAAGAGACCAAGUAUGAACUGAAUGGCUUCUUUGGCAAUGGAGGUUUCCAAGGUUAAGCAAGGACAUGGGACCUCAGAGAAUACCUAUGUAUCUUUUACUUGAUAUGUGUUUGCAUUUCUAUUGUCAAGGCUGUUGUAUAUUUUUAAGUAAUUAGAUCUAGUUUUUAAUGAUUGUAUUUGAUCCUACUUUUGUAUUAUUUGUAUGAUUGUUAAUACUCCCUGUAAACAAAUUACUAUUUUUUUUCUUUCUUCAUUUUCUAUAUUUUGAGAGAAGUCUGUCUGCCAGUGAGGUUGUUUUUUUAAAUGUUUUGUUUGGAGUUGAUCACUCAUCUUCAAGUGUGAUGAAAACAGCUCAUGUCCAUCCUGUCUUUCACCUAGGGUUACUUUAGAGACCUUUGUGAUUUUCAUGUUACUUCUUCUAUCACUUCAUUUCUCAUGCAUGAUAAAUAGAAACCAGUAUGCUCAAGCCUCCCACAUUUAGGCUUUCAUGCACAUGAGGACCCCGGUUCGAGUCCGGACGGGGUCAUUUCCCAAUCCUCCCCCAUCUCCCUCUCCCACUCACUUUCUGUCAGCAUCUCAUACUAUCCUGUCAAUAAAAGCAUAAAAAGCCCGCUAAAAAAAGAAAGAAAAAGAAACCAGUAUGCUCAGAAAUUUUGCCAAUCUACGUCAACUUCGUAUAAACAGUGUAAAAGAUAGCCAUAUCCACAUCUCAGUCACUCCGUUUGUUCCGUCUCGAAGCGCAUGUCGUAUGAUGUAUGUAUACCUAGCUUACUGUACUGCAUCGCGCACAGUUACGCACUGCAAAGCCAAGAUUUGUGAUGUUUAUUUUGCGUGAGAAAGCUGUGUUAUACUUCCUGUGGCAAGCACCUGUCUGUU